GAGGAGGAAAUAAGAAGUGAAGCUGGAAGCAACAGAGAGAAACACACAGAUAGAAAAGAGACAGAGUUGGACCAACCUCUAAGUGCUUCCAUCUCGCCUCUGCCUGGCUGACUGUGUGGGAGAGUACAAGUGAUGCCUUGCACUCUGAGGAGCACCACAUAAUCAGGACUUUCUUUAGCUUCCUAUAUUUUAAACUCUCUGCUUCAAUGAUGAGGAGGGACCGUCUCUUGUUAGCCGCGACCCUCACUGCCAUCUUCUCCGCUGACCUCUACUUUGUCCUCCUGCCAAAGCUGAGAAACGUGGGGUUGGGGUCCGGGGACUUUUGCCUGUGUAGUUCGGACAACCUCACCCUUCCCAGGCACGGAGGUCUCGCCACUCCACAGCUCUCAAACUGGACUCUGGAUGAAAGCACAUCCGAACCCGCUGAUGAUGGUGGCUCCAAGCUGGAGAGGCUGUUCGCUCACCCUCUGUACAACAUCGAGACUCCGGCGCUGGGUGCAGAGCAGAGGCUGCUGCAGGCGGAGCAGCUGAUGGAGUACUACAGGAGGAAGGUGGCACGCUGGGAAAGACACAUGCAUCUCUACAGCGAGGCAGCGGCUUUGUCAAACAUCUCUCUGACUGAACAUGAAGUGACCUUUGACCCUGAAGCCAGCUGGCUAAAGUUCCACCAGGGAAUAAGCAGCUACGCUCUGUACUCCCGCAAUGACCCCGCCGUCCCCAAACUCCUCAAGGACAUGCAGAGGAUGACGGUCGUUAGCGCAGAUUACACUCAAGAUGAGAAGGCCCUAAAAGGAGCGUGUGAUUGUACCCAAGUUGUGAAGCCCAGCGGACAUCACCUAAAGCUGGCUCUGAAGAUGCAAAACUUUGCUAAAGCCAUGUUCAAACCAAUGAGGCAGAAGAGGGACGAGGAGACUCCAGAAGACUUCUUCUACUUUGUUGAUUUACAGAGGCACAACGCAGAGAUCGCUGCCUUUCACCUGGACAGGGUCCUGGACUUCCGGAGGGUACCGCCGGUGGCUGGCAGGCUGGUGAACAUCUCAGGAGAAGUUCUGCUAGUUACCCGCAACGAAGACCUGCGAGCUGUGUUCUUCACUUCACCCGCCAACAACACGUGUUUCUUUGCCAAGUGCCUGUACGUCUGUAAGACAGAGUACGCAGUGUGUGGAGGCCCCGACCUGCUGGAGGGAUCCAUGUCGGCGUACCUGCCCAGCCUCAGCAUCGCCCCCCGCAUCUCCAUCCCCAACCCCUGGACGCGCUCAUACACCUUUGCUGGACGAGAAGAGUGGGAAGUGAAUCCUUUCUACUGUGACACUGUUAAACAGCAGUAUCCCUAUAACUCAGGAAACAGGCUCCUCAACAUCAUCGACAUGUCCAUCUUCGACUUCCUCACAAGCAACAUGGACAGACACCAUUAUGAGAUUUUCACCAAAUUUGGAGACGAGGGAUUCCUUCUCCACUUGGACAACGCCAGAGGGUUUGGGAAACACUCUCAAGAUGAGAUGUCCAUCCUGGCUCCAUUAUCCCAGUGCUGCAUGAUAAAGCGCUCCACACUGGUGCGUCUGCAGCUCCUGGCCCGACCAGAGUUCAGACUGAGCGAUGUGAUGAGGGAGUCUCUGAAGAGAGACUCUUUACAACCCAUCCUGACGGAGCCCCACCUCUUAGCGCUGGACCGCCGGUUACAGAAGGUCCUCCGAGCGGUCCAGCGCUGCAUCAGGAGGCUGGGCGAGGAGGAAGUGAUCACCAAGGACUUUGCCAAAUCCACAGCGACACCUCAGAUCGCCACAGACAUGAAGAAGGACAGGUAGCACAGGAUGAAAGGCUCCUUCAUAGCUGCUCUUUGUGCAGAAGACUUCAUGAUGAAGCUCUGUAAGCAAACAAGGCUUGGAUGGUUUCGAUUUAAGGAACAAGCCAUAAAUGGAAGACGGGUUGAAAUCUUCUGAGCUUGUCGGAAAAGUAAGGAAUCUCAUGGAAGAGUUUCAGAGUGUGAAUCACUGCAGGACUCACAGAGGGAGUUCCACAUUUGAUUUCCUUUAAUGGUCAUAAAUUCCCCCAAGGGUGCAUUUUAUGACUCUCUCUUCUUUAUGUCCACGAACACAACACCAGGUACAUCAAGAUUGAAAGCCUGAUGGCUGUGGGAUCAAACAUUGUGGUUUUAAAUGGGUUGAAAUGAAGAUAUGUUUUGCUCUAAGCAUCUGAGUUUCUGUACUUUGGCUACACCGUUUAUUUAACACGUAUUAUAAAGAGCUUAAGUUGAUCUUACAGAACUUGCACCCUUGCCAAAAUGUAUGUGCAUUGACACAGCCAACAUGAUGGAAAAUGAAACCAUUAAAAAGCCAAAAAAUGCCCCUUAAAAACCAAUGUUAGUAACCAAAAAUGAGUAGAAGUAUCAGGGAGUAUAUUUAUUUUUAAAUGAAGCUAUAGUAUGGGAGUUCUCUCACGCAUCAAAUUCAGCAAUGGAGUUACUAUUAAUAAAAGAGAGCUACGAUGCACUGGAUCAGUUGUUUGCCAAAUUAAUGCUGGUGAAUAUUGUGGUUAUAGAGAGCAGAAUGUGUGUUUGUUUUGUUCUUAUUUUAAAAUAAAGUUAUUUUGAAGAGAAAUUA